CGCAGAGCUCAGCCACGCCCCUUGACCCCUUGCAACAGGCCUACGCCGGGAUGCAACAUUACACAGCUGCCUACCCUACAGCCUACGGACUGGUCAGCACUGCCUUUCCCCAACAGCCCGCCAUCAUAACCCAGCAGGCUCCCCCACAGCAGAGAGAAGGUCCUGAAGGGUGCAACAUCUUCAUUUAUCACUUGCCGCAGGAGUUCACCGACUCGGAGAUCUUACAGAUGUUCCUCCCCUUUGGGAACGUCAUUUCGGCCAAAGUUUUUGUCGACCGAGCGACCAAUCAGAGUAAAUGCUUCGGAUUCGUAAGUUUCGACAAUCCCGCCAGCGCGCAAGCCGCCAUCCAGGCCAUGAACGGCUUCCAGAUUGGGAUGAAACGGUUGAAGGUGCAGUUAAAACGCCCCAAAGACGCCAACCGGCCGUAUUGA